UAAUGUUUUCAUUAUUGUUUUUAAUCACCACGUCUUAUGCUACUGAUAAAAAUUGUUUAUGGCAUGAUGCCUAUGGAUAUACAUAUGACAUCUCAAAAUUACACAAUAUCAAUAAUUAUCAAGUACCUGAUACUGAUACAAGUAACAUUUUCUAAAUUAAUAUAUAUAAAGGCAUGGGAAUGUUUAAUAUGGUUUAUGAAUUUAAUUUUUGUACAGGAGCAGUCAGAUGUUAAGGUAGAGAUGUGGCUGCAUUUGAAGCACUUGAAGUGAUGGGAAAAGUGACUGAAAAUUGUGAUGUAAUAUUAUAUUAUUAUUUUUAAGGUAUUAGGAUUGAAAGAAACUCAAGAAUUUGGAUAUGUUAAUCCAAUUUAUCCUGAAUUAGGCAUUUCUAUAACCUAUAAAUAAGGUUAUUUUUAUAUUUAUAAUAAGGUGAUAUGUGUUUUGAUGUUAAAGAUGAUGCUGGAUUACAAAAAAUACUUGCAGAUAAUGAACAAAUGUAAAUGAGUCCAAGAUCUGUUACUUUUGAAAUAACAUGUGGAAAAGAUGAACCUAAUUUUAGAGUUAUUGAUUCUAGUAAAUGCAAUAUUAGAUUGGGUAUUUAACAUUCAGCUGCUUGUAGAUCAGGAUCAUCACCUAGUAAUUAUUAAAUUUAUCAUAGGUGGUAGCAGUUAAACAUUGCUUUUAUAUAUUAUUCUAAUUGCUGGUCUCUAUUUUGGAGGUGGUAUAGCUUACAAUAAAAAAUAAUACUAAUUGAGUGGAGUAGAUGCAUUACCUCACUCUCAUUUUUGGAGAGAUUUUCCACAUUUGGUUAAAGAUGGAAUUAAUUUCACUAUUAUCAAACUUUUUGGAAUAAUCAAAAGAUUUAGAGGACUUUCAAAUGAAGGAGGAUAUGCUGUUAUUUGA